AUUUCUGCCCCUCCAAUUUACAGAUUUCUCAAAGGGCACUCACAAACUAAGCGACGCCUCCAUCAGCUCAACGAUUCAAGUCUGCUCGAAAUGAACCCUUCCCUUCGCCGGAGCUGGCACAUUCGCCACCGGCGAACUAUUUCCACUACGCGCAAAUUCAACAACCAAGGAAACGACAAAAACUUCAUAGCAACUCUAAAUGAAAUCGUUCGGAGCAAACGGAGCUGGAAUAUAGCACUGAACAGCACCAUUUCCACCAGACUGAAAAGCCAUCACGUAGAGCAAAUUCUACUUCAAACCCUUGAUGAUUCUCGGCUGGCUUUACGGUUCUUCAAUUUUCUUGGCCUUCACAAGAACUUUUAUCAUUCAACAAUGUCGUUUUGCAUUCUAAUACAUUCCCUUGUUCAGUCCAAUCUUUAUUGGCCUGCUACUUCACUUUUGCAGACACUAUUGCAAAGAAAAGUGAACCCAAGUUUUGUUUUUGACAAUUUGUUAGAUGUGUAUAAAAGAUUCAAUUUUGGUCACACUUUGGGUUUUGAUUUGCUAAUCCAAAAUUAUGUUCAGGAUAGGAGAGUAAUGGAUUCUGUGUUGAUUGUUCGGCUUAUGAUGGAGCAUUCAUUAGUACCAGAAUUAAAGACUUUAAGCUCUGUGCUCAAUGGCUUGAUUCGAAUAAGACGGUUUGAUUUGGUUUUGCAAUUGUUUGAUAAUGCAUUAACUUCGGGUGUUAAGCCUGAUGAGUAUAUUUAUACAGCUGUGCUUAAAAGUUUGUGUGAGUUGAAAGAUUUUGAAAAGGCUAAGGAAGUGAUGAAUUGGGUUGAGAGAAGUGGGAUUAAAGUGAGUGUUAUUUUAUACAACAUAUUGAUUCAUGGGCUCUGUAAGGGUGGAAGAGUUUGGGAAGCUGUUGAAAUUAAAAGUUUGUUGAUUACCAAAGGAUUGAAUGCUGAUACUGUCACAUAUUGUUCUUUGAUUUUGGGGCUGUGUAAAGUGAAUGAAUUUCAGCUUGCUCGAAGGUUAGUGGAUGAGAUGUUGGGGCUGCUUUUGGUUCCUCGCGAGGCUGUAGUGUCGAGUGUUGUUGACGGGUUGAGGAGAGGGGGUGAUUGUGUAGCUGCUUAUAGAUUAGUUGAUAUGACAGGGAAAGUUGGAGUUGUGCCCAAUUUAUUUGUUUAUAAUGCAUUGCUUAAUUCUUUGUGUAAAGGUCGUGGGAAGUUGGAUGAAGCAGAGUCUCUUUUUAAUAGUAUGGAGGAUAAAGGGUUGUGCCCAAAUAGUGUAACUUACUCCAUCAUGAUCGACUCUUUCUGCAAACAAGGGAGAUUAGAUGCUGCAGUUCUUCUUUAUAAUAGAAUGCUUGAUAAUGAGGUAGAAUUAACCAUAUACCCUUACAAUUCUCUCAUCAAUGGCUAUUGCAAGGCUGGAAAAUGCGGUGUGGCGGAAUCUAUCUUUAAUGAGAUGAUUGAUAAAGGAUUGACCCCAACUGUUGUAACCUAUACUUCAUUGAUAGAUGGUUACUGCAAGGAAAGAGAAGUGCAGAAGGCCUUUAGGCUUUACCAUGAGAUGACUGGCAAAGGAAUUUCACCUAAUACUUUCACUUUCACUGCACUAAUCUCUGGAUUUUGCCGUGCACACAUGAUGGUAGAAGCAAAUAAGAUAUUUGAUGAGAUGGUGAAAAUGAAUGUAACUCCUACUGAGGUCACUUAUAAUGUCUUGAUUGAAGGACAUUGUAAAGAUGGGAACACCAUAAAGGCUUUUGAAUUGCUAGAUGAAAUGUUGAAGAAGGGUCUUAUUCCUGACACAUAUACGUACAGAUCUCUGAUAACUGGACUUUGUACGAAAGGUCAAGUAUCUGAAGCAAAAGAGUUUGUUGAUGACCUUCAAAACCAGCGUCAUUAUCUGAAUGAAAUGUGUUUCUCUGCUCUCUUACAUGGUUAUUGCAAGGAAGGAAGAUUAAAGGAUGCACUAACCACUACUGAUGAGAUGAUAGAAAAGGGAAUAAACAUGGACCUUGUGUGCUACGGUGUACUCAUAAAUGGAACUCUAAAGCAUCAUGAUUGGAAAUAUUUAUUAAAUAUAAUGAAGGAGAUGCACGACCGAGGAAUGAAGCCUGAUGAAGUAAUAUACACUAGCAUGCUUGAUGCAUAUGGAAAAGUUGGUGAUCUUAAAAAAGCUUUUAAAUGCUGGGAUAUAAUGGUCAGUGAAGGAUGCUUCCCAAAUGUGGUGACGUAUACUGUGAUGAUAAAUAACUUGUGCAAGGCUGGAUUAGUAGAUAAAGCAGAGGUAUUCUACAAGGAAAUGUUAGCUAAAGGGUUGACACCUAACCAGUUCACAUAUAGUUGUUUCCUUGAUUAUCUCACUAGUGAAGGGUACAUGGUAGAAGCUAAACAGCUUCAUGAUGCAAUGCUGAAAGGGUACCUUGCAAAUACUGUGACAUACAAUAUUAUUAUACGGGGUUUGUGCAGAUUAGACCAAAUUCAGGAAGCGAUGGAUAUUUUGCUUGAAAUGGAGGACAACGGUAUCUUCCCAGAUUGCGUAAGUUACUCAACUAUCAUUUAUGAAUUCUGUAGGAGGGGUGAUCUGUUAGGAGCAAGAGGCUUGUGGGAAUCCAUGUUGACUAAUGGUCUGAAGCCUGAUGCAGUGGCUUAUAACCUUUUCAUUUAUGGUUGCUGCAUUGCUGGAGAAAUGUCUAAGGCGUUUGAAUUGCGUGAUGAGAUGAUAGCAAGUGGUCUGAAGGUGACUCGUGCAACAUAUGCUUCUUUAAUCCAUGGAACCUGAAAAAUGGGGCAGUCCACCAGAUCUGCUAGCGCUGCUGCAAGGAUCAUUUACUUUGAUCAAGUAAUGACUAUUAAAAUUCAGGAUAUUUGUACAGGACGUGAUCAUGUCAACCUUUACUCUAAAAUGCCUCAUCCAUGAAUAGUUCAAUCUCCUGCCUUUUUAUAUGAGGACAUGAACUAAGAGUUGGGCAUCUUUAGAACUUCAAGGGAGGUAGUUUGACAAUUUCUUUUUUUUCUUUUCCUGUAUAUUUAAAUCCAAUCGUUUAACAUAGGAAGUAUUGGGAGGAAAUAUGACAAUCUUCAAAUUCUGGAUAAUGAACACCCAACCUGCUUGUAUUGUCUAUGAGUUAGUAAAGACCCUGAUGUGUUUCUUCCUACUUCCUGUUGCUUCUUCAAUUAUCACUUAAAAACUUGUUUUCUACUCAAAUUAGAUUUUUCAUUAAUCUCCAGCUGAUCUUCAUGGCUCGGCUGUUUUUCCUUCUCAAAUAGAGCAUAGUGCAGUAUUUGGAGUAAAUCAGAGGGUCUCCAUAUUACUUGGAGAAAUGUUACAAAUAGUUUCCAAUAUUUACUUUUACAUUUUAGUUGAGUGUCUUUUUGCCAGUGGUUUAUGGAGAGACCAUGCAUGUAUGUCUCUGUGUUUGUAUUUUCUGUAACUACUAUGAGUUAUCAUGAUUGUUUUUUUUUAAGACAGGAGAAACCCGCAGCCGCUAACCUUUGAGUGUGCACAGGGUAAAAGCUCCGCUCCUAUGCAAUAGCUCACAAACCACAUAGGAGAGGUAACCCACACUAGGCAAGUCCGGUGCGACAAGCUCGACCCAGAAGGCAAACCCCUUGCUUUAGCUAGCGAGGGGUUUCGAACUUGAGCCUCCAACAUGGAAGGUCCCAAGCCCAAACCACUGGGCCACCCGAAAGGAACUUCAUUCAUACAGGCAACUGUUAAUAUGCUGUUGAUGUUAAUAUCUGCAAGCUGGUAUUCUUAUCAGAGCAGAGAGCCGCAUUUUAGAAGAGUGACCGGCUUGUUGCAUCAACUGUUUGAAUUUCUUGUGGCAAUACAGAGCAAGUUGACUCCAUAUAUCGAAGCAGAUGGCAGAAAGGAUUAUCAACACAGGCUGUACAAAUUUUUCAAUGUAAAAUUAUCCAUUAAUUUCAUAACGUGUACAUCUCAAAAUAUAUUUACGUGAAAAGAGGUGAAAUAUUGAAUGUGAUAAAAAGACUAGUCUCUUACUUAAUACACUAGUCUAUUUAUAACCUAAGAAAAUCAUUGUUGUCGACUCAAGUAAAAUUGAAAUAUUUGUAAAGAUAUGAAAUAUCAAUGAUGA